AUGCUCUAUCGUCGAAGAACAAUCCAGGCAUUUCUUUAUGCUUGUGUUGUUUGUACAAUCUUUUCUAUCCUUUAUUACUCUUAUCAAGCAUGGCAUUACACUUAUGGUACAAAGGGCCCCGCUUCUACUUGGGAAUGCAUCGGCAAUGGUCGUGAUCGCCAAUGUGUCGUCAAGAACUUUUGCGUUGACAAGGAAACAGGUGGAUUUGCAAUCGCCAGCUCGUAUGCCCAUCGACGACGACUACGCAGCGACUUGUCAGUCAACUUGAUCAAUGCCGAUCCUGACACCGAUUUCUACUACGAACCCAAAGCCAAGUGGCAGCAUGAUGUGGCUGACAUCGCCUUCAAGAAUGAAACGCUCUUUGUCUACGGUCUAUAUACACCAAUGCACUUUUCCCACAUGCUGUUCAACGGCUUAAUACCUCUUUAUCGCAACAUUCGUAAGCAUGUCGAUGAUACCAGCAAUGUAUGGACCUAUCGAGCCCACGUAGCAGAGUCAGCAUCUUUUAUUGGAUCACCCUUAAUGACGACCGAUUUCUUUACCACUGGACGUGACCUUGUACGAGACGAGCAUGAAUUGACAAGUCCACAGCAAAUGUUAUUGCCUGAAGAACCCAUUUGUUUCCAAGAAGCUGUUAUUGGGACCCGUGUAUCAUGUUCAUUAUCACUCUAUUGCGAACAACCUAUCGAAUCGGACAUAUAUGCGGCAUUUCGAGAAGCGACAUUGAAUUAUUAUGUCAAAGAGGAUCAUUGGAAGCAACACAACAAAGAAAGCUCGCUUCAUGGCACCGAUCGUGACGAUCAAGCUUGUGUGGAAACGAUGCGUGAAUUCAAGACAGCUGUUACAUCCAACAAACCCACGCGUGUGAUUGGAGUCAUCAAUCGUGGUGGUUCACGUCAUAUCACCAACUUGCAACAAGUCAUGGAUGCUAUCAUUGAUUCAGCCACCGAGAGGAACUAUGUACUUCGCGUGUUGGAUUUCGACAAGGGAUGUUCACUUGCUAGUACAGCCUACGUGAUGAAGGAUGUGGAUCUAUUGUUGACACCCCAUGGAUCUCAACAAGGUGGUGCUGUGUUUAUGAAGAACAACUCGGUUGUGAUUAGCAUCAAUGCACGCGGGUAUUCGGAAAAUUGGUUUGCUUUUCCCUUAACAGCCAUGGGACGUCGCUUCUAUAAUUUUGAGUGUCAAUCAUCGAUUUGUGUGGAUAAGGAUUUGGAAAGAGCCCAACGGACGCUUGCUAUGUAUGAGAUCCCGAUACCACCAGAAAAUGUACUUGACGAUUGCCUGGCUUGGGAAAACGAUCGAUCACCUGAUGGAUGUCUUGGCGCAUACUUUGACAAGAUGCAUAUCGAGCAUAAUUCGGAUCAGCUGCAGUUUGCUAUUGGCCAGUAUCACAAGGACGCACCUCGUAAAAUCGAUGUCACUCGCUUUAUGGCCUUUUUUGAAAAGACGAUCAAGGAAAUGGAUGACUUUGAAACCAUGUCUUAUCGACAAAUCUGUGAUCUCGAGAAAUGCUGCGGCUAUAGCUGCGAUGAUGUAUUGGGACCUGUGGUCUAUGGAUCGGCUUUGGAGGGUCGUUUGUUGGCAUGGCCUCAAGAUGGUAUCGGCUCGCUUCAUCAUAGCUGGCAAGAGUAG